AUGUCUAUACAUGAUAAUGGAAUAAUUAUCUUGGGAUUGUUAUUUCUGAAAAGUAUAGGCCUUGUUAUAGGUCUAGGACGAUCGUUUUUUCGAAGACCGGGGUACUUGCUAGAUAGCAUAGUGGUAGUGGUCGCAUUAUUUUUGGAAGUUUAUUUGGAAAAAAAAGGUGGAGGAUUACUUGUUGUUGUUAGCCUAUGGAGAAUUGUUAGGGUUGUGGAAAGUGCAUUUGAGUUAAGUGAUGAGGCAAUUGAAGCACAAAUUGAAGAGAUUGUUUGCCAAUUUGAAGAAUUGAAAGAAGAGAAUAGAAGAUUAAUGGAUUGUGUAGUUGAAAAAAGUAAGGAAAUUGAAAAGCUUGAAGAAGAAUUGAAUCAGUAUAAAAAUCAGGACAAAGAAUCAAAGGACUAG